AUGAUGUGCAGUGAUUCGAAUCACGUCGUAUGUAAGCCGGUCGAGAAUGGGAAUCUGGUCCCGAAAGAAGGUCUCGCCCGACAGUAUGGAAAGUUCGCUGUUCUGUCUGUUCGGCGAGAUGGACGGGAGCUUCCCACCGAGACGGCGUCACUUCUAGUUCCGGGUGAAGCGGAUGCUUGGAGGACGCUCUGCUGCGCCCUAGGAGACUUUACGUCUGCGGAUUAUCCUCCCGUGCCGCUCGUUGUUUGGCUCGUGCCGCCGUGUUUGCCGCGAAUCCUUCCCUGCUCCCUCCUCCAGCACCGCACCACCCGCCCUACGAAAUCGAUGGAUCUCGAGUUCACCCUUGACACAGACCACCGGUGCGCCGCUCCUCCACUCUCUCGUUCCCGCAGUCGCUCACAGGCCAGCGCGUCCAUCCAGCAAACGCAGGAGGAACCGGACCACCCAGAGCUGCCUCAACUGCCACACCUCCAAACGCAAGUGCGACAGGAAGCGCCCGUGUCAGCGACCGGGCUGUGCGUGUACGAAAUCGACGAUCCCGCUCUCAGGCGAGUAGAUUCUCGGAAAGAAAUGGGAUGGUACCUUAACAGGCUGCGCAGGGACGACCCCACCCUGGAUGAAAACACGCGUCUGCGCAAUCGAAUCGCGGAGCUCGAGAGUCUGGUGCGAGAACUACGAGGCAAGCCACAUCCUCGUUGGGCAGACAGCAACUUCCGUGACGGCGACCCCAACGAAAAGUGGCACUCGCGCGCGACCAAGUGCACGCCCAUCCCCAAGCGCCGCCAGUCGCCUGAUCUGGCGCAUCCGUCCUCGACAUCCGAUACCACCGCGCGCGGCGCACCGGGGCUGCUGCCGCCCAUCAAGACCGAGAUGAACAACGACCCGGCGUCGAAUCUGUAUCGCUUCACUGCGUCGCCCGCGCCGCGGUACUACGAUUACGCCGAUGAGACGUAUAGUGGCGGCGGGGAGGCGUACUCGCCCUCCGCGGGACGACGGGGAAGCGUUGCCGGCGGGUACUGCAACUGCCGAACGAGCCAAGGGAUGGCACAUGCAUAUCUGGGCCUAUCACAGCAGCUGCAGAGCACGCUCGCAGCCGCGCGGACGUACUCUGCGCAUCCACCGGGGACGCCCUGCAUUCUGUACCGGCGGAUUUCGGACCUGACGAGCUUGUUGCAGGGCUCCGAUCCAUCCGAUUCCGCCGGAGUGGGGUACGACUCUGGGACGCCCACGGACGGGGGCAGCGACGUGCUGUCGCCGUUGUCGGUCUCGGCGCCGACGUCGGCGUCGUCGUUCCACGGCAGCAACGGGUCUCCGCCGUUCCACACGUCGGCGACGAACAACUCCGGAGGCGGAGGGGGAUCCCCGAACAGCGCGUUCCACGGCAGCGGAGGCAGCGGAUCUCCUGCAGCGUUUCACUCGCCCCAUCUGCACCAUUCUGUGGGGCCGGCUGGGCCCGCGUCGCCUGCGACCGAAUGGAGCACGCCGUACCCGUCGUACUUCACGCCCGACGUCGGCAGCGGGAUGCAUCUCCCCCUGCCGCCGAUGUACAACCAUGUCAUGACCUAAGUGCAAUGCCUGUCCGGUGUGGAUGAUUGCUCGAAUGGAACCUGUGACGAACCAUCCAUCUAUUACGACCUGCUCUUCGCUUGGAACUGGAGUCCCCAUCUUUUCUUAGCUGUACUCUCACACUGUUUUUAGGAUAUGUACACUAGUAGAUAUCUAUGCUCUGCACGGACCACAGCUGCUACUCAUCAUCAUCCCCUCCUUUAAUAAUCAUAUUCACCGGAUGAAACCACUCCAAGCCAAGCGCAGGAUAUCAUAUCACGUGAUCCUCAUAUGCACUCGCUGGUAGUCGCCA